UUGGGAGUCCGGGCUAUAAGGAAGAGAGAUUUGCGGUUGCAUCGUCAUUUAAGCCAUUAAAAGCGCCCCUCUUUCAUACCAGCCCACGUGACACCUGGGUCGGAACUUUUUCCUCUUCUAAAGUUUUGUUCUGUAAGCGUCACUGAAUUCGUUUGAAAGGACAGAAACAGUUACCAUAUGAGACGCUUCUUCACUGUCACUUGACUGCCGGUGCACUUUGAAGGCGUGAUGCUUUGGUUCAUGGAGGGAAUAUGCUUUUUACCAGUUUUUAUGGUGAUAUGGUCCUCCUGUACAUUCAUGAUUUCGUAUAUUGUUGCACUCUUAAGACAUAAUGUUGACAUUAUUUUCCCAUAUAUAAGUGACACUGGCACUAACCCCCCAGAAAGUGGCAUUUUUGGACUGAUGACGACUAUCAGUGCUUUUGCAGGAAUAGCCACCAUUUUUGCUAGGUACAAGUAUGUGGAGAAGAUAUGUGAGGCGACGACUGGGAGUCGCCUGAACUGCAUUGCCUUCUGUUUUGGAAUAAUCUCUUGCUUGGGAAUGUGUUUCAUUGCUACAUUUCAGGAGACCCAGGUUCCAUCGGUGCACGAUCUUGCUGGUCUCACCUUCUUUGUAUCAGGAGUGACCUACAUCGUCCUCCAGUCCAUCAUCUCCCGCAGAAUGUACCCUUAUUGGUCCUCCAGGAGUGUGUGUCUCAGCCAAAUUUUCAUCUCCGCCAUUUCUGUCAUUGCUGCUGUGCUAAUGAUCAUAUGUGGAGUGUUGGUGAAGUCCUCCAAGCUGCACUGGGAGAUACAUAAUGAGUAUAUCCUCCAUGUCGUCAGCGCUGUCAGCGAGUGGAUAGUGUCCUUUGGUUUCGUCUUCUUCUUUUUUACCUACAUUAGGGAGUUCAAGAAAGUCACACUGAAACUGAAAGUGUCAGUCCACUACUGACAAAAUUGUUUAAUGGAUAAAAAUAACAUGUUUAUAUUUUGACUUUUUUGUUUAAAGUUGCACUUAACCUACAGACAUAUCAUGCACUUUGAAAUAAAACCGAAUUGUUUUUACA